AACUGUAUUUCUUCACUCCGCACUUUCUUUCUUUUUGAAAAAUAUCUUUAACAAACCCUAAAUUCCCUAGACUUUUGCGCCUCUUACACUAGCGCCAAUGGUGGUAUCUCUAGGCCCAGGCAAGUUCUAUGGUACAAGCCUCCCUCGCCCUCGCAUCUACACCGACGUCAAGUUCAACGAUCACCGGGUCGACCCGCCGGUUUCAGUCAUGGACCCCUUUCUCUCUUGGGCCAACGAGGCUCACUGGUCUAUGGGCGGUCUAAGCUCUAAGCGGUUGCGUUUUCAGGGCCGAAUCGAGGGAAAUGUUACAAAGCUCCGCGCCGAGCGUGAGAAGAUCGCCAAGAAGAAUGAGAAACUAGGCAUUAAAUCGCCCUCGAGAGGAUCGGAUCCUAGUGUGACCAAGCGCAAGAAUGUCAUCGACACUGUCGAUGAAGACGACGACGAUGAAGGUGAUGAGUCGCCUCCUCCCGCUCCGAUCGCGACCAAACGACGGAGAUUCAUGGAUUUGAUCGACGAGGACGAGGAGAUCAAUCGUAAAGAUGAGGAAAUUGUGGGCAGUAGGGUUCGAAGGAGGCGGCUGGUGAAGAAACUCAAUGAUGACUUCGAUAAGGUUGCUCGGGAGAAGGCUAGCGAAACUCCAUCCCGGGGUUUGAAGAGUGGUGGUUCUGAAUCAACUGGAUUGAGGACUCGGCGUCUGAUUUUGGAGGAUUCUGAUGCCGCUGCAACUGAGACUGUGAUGAGCAUUGUAAAUGAGGUAAAGAAGUUGAGUUCCAAGGUCAAAAAGUCAAAGGGAUCUGCAACGAAAGCGAAAUCGGCCGGAGGAAGUGAAGCGUCUCCGGUGAGCAGGGCCAGAACUUCGCCGAGAUUGACUAAACAGAAAUGAGCAAUGAAGUCUCCUGGGUUUAUGUAGCUAUCUAGCUUGUGAAAUAUACUAUCUUUUUUCAGUUUUUAUUUUGGGGAAUAUGAAAUGAAAUCUAAGCUUAAUAAUACUCAGUUGCGCGAGUAAGAAUCUACGAGUUUUAUUCAUUUCAUUUUCAUUUUCUUUUUGUCCUUGUUUUGGGAAUGGGUUUAUACCAAGUAGUGAUUCGAUGUUUGAAGUUUAUUUGUCUAAGAUCAGGAUUAAUGUAUAGUUAAAUUUUCAGAGACGAUCUUUUGCCUAUAAAUCAAAAGCCAGGUUUUCAGUUA